UGCUACGCGGAGGAGCGGAGCGAGCGGUGUGCGGGGGGCGGGGAGCAACGCGGAACCCGGCCACACCGAUCGCCCGCCGCAGCCGCCGCCAUGGGCUCCUCGCAGAGCGUCGAGAUCCCAGGCGGGGGCACGGAAGGCUACCACGUCCUGCGGGUGCAAGAAAAUUCGCCAGGACAUAGAGCUGGACUGGAGCCAUUCUUCGAUUUUAUUGUUUCUAUUAAUGGUUCAAGAUUGAAUAAAGACAAUGAUACUCUUAAGGAUCUACUGAAAGCAAAUGUUGAAAAACCUGUAAAAAUGCUUAUCUACAGCAGCAAAACACUGGAACUGAGAGAGACCUCAGUCACACCAAGCAAUAUGUGGGGUGGCCAGGGCUUGUUGGGAGUGAGCAUUCGUUUCUGCAGCUUUGAUGGGGCAAAUGAAAAUGUUUGGCAUGUGUUGGAAGUGGAAUCCAAUUCUCCUGCGGCUCUAGCAGGUCUUAGACCUCACAGUGAUUAUAUCAUUGGAGCAGAUACAGUCAUGAAUGAGUCUGAAGAUCUUUUCAGCCUUAUUGAAACACAUGAAGCAAAACCAUUGAAACUUUAUGUGUACAACACAGACACUGAUAACUGUCGAGAGGUGAUUAUCACACCAAAUUCUGCAUGGGGUGGAGAAGGCAGCCUAGGAUGUGGCAUUGGAUAUGGCUAUUUGCAUCGAAUACCUACACGCCCAUUUGAAGAAGGAAAGAAAAUUUCUCUACCAGGACAGAUGACUGCUACACCUAUUACUCCUCUUAAAGAUGGAUUUACGGAGGUCCAGCUGUCCUCAGUGAAUCCCCCGUCUUUGUCACCACCAGGAACUACAGGAAUUGAACAGAGUCUGUCUGGACUUUCUAUUAGCUCAGCUCCACCAGCCGUCAGCAGUGUUCUCAGUACAGGCAUACCAACAGUACCAUUAUUAUCACCGCAAGUAAACCAGUCCCUCACUUCUGUGCCACCAAUAAACCCAGCUACUACAUUACCAGGUCUGAUGCCAUUACCAGGAGGAGGACUGCCUAACCUGCCCACCCUCCCCAACCUCAACCUCCCUGCACCACACAUCAUGCCAGGUGUUGGCGUACCAGAAAUCGUGAACCCGGGUUUGCCACCUCUUCCUUCCUUGUCUUCCCGAAACUUACCUGGCAUUGCACCUCUCCCCAUGCCAUCUGAGUUCCUCCCGUCAUUCCCUUUGGUUCCAGAGGUCUCUUCUGCAGUAGGCUCAGGGGAGCUGCUGUCUUCCCUUCCACUUCCCAGCAACCCACCUUCUGACCCUAUCACGACUACUGCAAAGGCAGACGCUGCCUCCUCACUCACUGUGGAUGCGAUGCCUCCAACUUCAGAGGCCCCAACCGCUGUUGAGGACAGAGUCAGCAAACCCGCCCCAUCCAGUGAGAAGCCUGUUUCUGUGGUUACGGAUGCAAAUGUUUCUGAGUCACCUUCAUUGUGAACCAUUCUGCAGAAUCAGCGUGGUGUGUUUAUUUAACCACAGGAGCGUGUCUGGAAAUGCAAACUAUCAUUCAUUUCAUUCUAGUUUGUACCGUAUCUGUAGGCAUCCUGUAAAUAAUCCUAAGGGGAGAACUCAGCGAGAGGGUGUGGGCUUGUAUCCUGCCAAGUUGGGGUGGGGCUCACAGGCCGGGAAGGGAAAUGUCAGAAAUUGCUUGUAUUGUAAAACAACCAAAAAGAAUUGUUAAGAGUGGCUUGCUGCCAGGCUUCCACUGCCAUUCUUGAGGGUGUACAUCUUUGGGAAAGGUGGUAACAGGGUGUCCUCUAGGUUCCUGUGUCCUCACUGCUCCUUCUGUAAGAAAAUGAAAUAUUUUAUGCCUAGUACUCACACGCAACAUUUCUCUUACUUUGUAAAUCGUUUGCAAGGGUGCAAACCACCUCACUAAACCGUGAAAGGAAGAUAUAUUUCACUUUUGGUCUCUCUGAGUUGCAUCUCUGUUGAGGUUUGCAAGAAAAUUCCAACUAAAGAUGUUUGUUAAAGUUACACAGUGUGCACUAUUAAUUGAACAUCUUUUUAUUCAGCCUGUACACAGAUCUUGUUUUACGUUCUCAAGGUUACUCAGACAUUUUGUAACUGCUGCUGUUGCUUUAUAGGUCCACCAUAAAAUGGCAUUUAAAAAGAAAUAAAGGAGGUGUUGCACAGUUUUCAACCAGAAGGUGGCACUUUGUGGCUACUCACAAUACUGUAGCUAUACUGGGAAAGCAGAGACACAGCAAUAAAUUACAGUGAUUUUGCUUUU